UGGCAAGAAAUCAAGAUCUCAAACUUUGGCCUUUGUGUGUUCUCUUCUCUCUGCCAAUUGAUCCAUGGCGAGAGAAGAACAAGUACCCGAUUCGAAAGCACAUCUUGUGGAAGUGAUUUGCUCAGCUGCGGCCGCGUUCUCCGCUUGUGUUCGCCGACGAAAUGCCUUCGAAAUGCCGGUGUUUGUCGACUGGUAUCUCAUCCUCAGAGUAGAUGAGGAUGUAAAAGUGGAUGUAAUCCGUAGGCGCUAUCGCCAAUUGGCAUUGCAACUUCAUCCGGACAAAAAUAAGCAUCCCAAAGCUGAUGAAGCAUUCAAAUUUGUCUCUGAGGCAUAUGCAUGUCUCUCUGACAAGGCCAAAAGGCAGGCAUUUGAUCGUGAGAGGGGGAGCCACUUUUGCAAGGAGUGCUAUGAAAGGUUCAAUUGCAGAGGCCAUGGCAAUAAGCCCAGCCAUGAGAAGAAGCACACGAGGCAAACUCGUUUGCGACAAAUGCAGAUGAGAUUUAGAGAAGAAUUCCAAGUAGUAGAAAGAUGUUUGAGAGUUAACCAAGCGCGCCGAGACGAGUCACCACUGUUUGAUCCUUACAAACAAGGGCUAUCGUCGCCGGGCUACCCUCACUCAAGGCAGGUCAGACACCAAUGGCACUUCAGUUCAGCCUGCGAGUCGCCUCUUUAUGAGAUGGGGAACGAUAAGCAUGUGAGAACUGAGACCUAAACAGGUCCAAAUGCUACUUUUCUUUUAGCAUAAACUUGGAACAGUCGUAACAAUUUGUCCUAAACUUGUUUCUGUAAUACUGAAUGAGUUUUUAGCUGCCAA